GUAGAUGAAUUGCUGCUGCGCACGGCCCUCGCACUUGCUGAUGCCCAGGGUGGCGCCGGCCACGAUAUCUCCAUUGACGCUGACACAUCCCUGUUUCAUGUUUUCCGUGGUCGCAUUCCACUUCUGGAUGUCGUUUUGCCCACUGUACAGCGGCUGGCACUCGGAGUUGAAGUUGACCGCGCGAAGCUCGUGCCUCUCGGAGUCGUACGUGAACUGGGUAUCCUCGCCCGUCGACUUGCAGGAGUGGCCCUGAAUGGACGUGCACGAGGGCAUGGGCGGGGACCCGGCGAUGUCCAGGCACCAACCCCAAUAGUUGCUCGGGUCGACCAUCUCCUUGAGAUAGACGUUGGGACUGAACACGUACGGGUUGCCUUCCACGUACCCGGUCUCGACCCGCAUAUCCAAGUCAGCAGGCCCCGCGGGCCUGGCCUUGAUGGGACUCCCGGGCGACGGCGCACCCGCCAGCGAGGAGCGGGUCUGCAGGGCCUGCAGCCGCAUGGCCGAAUGCUCACGCCGAUCCUGCUGGCCGUCCGCCUCCGCCUCCGAGCUCGCCGCACCGCCCGCGCAGGUCGCGGCGAGGCCGCCCGAGGCCGCGGCGCACCCGGCGCGGCUGCUCUCGGAGUACUGGCGCGCGGGCGCCGACUUCGCGGAGCGGCGGGACGCGGGCGCCAGCGCCGCGGCGGGCGCGGACGUGCGGGUGGAGGAGGUGAGCGCCGGCGACGCGUCGACCGCGGAGGUGCGGCUGGCGGAGGUGGGCGCCGCCGGCGCGGCGUGCGCGGGCGCGCAGGACCUCCGGGCG